AUUACUCACUUCUUUAAUCCGCAGUCUGUGGCUGGCUGUCUAUGCUGCCGCCUGCUGGUGGAGAAUGUUAGUAAACUGUUCACUGACAGUUUGGUUAGCUGUCAUCAUCACGCCUCGCCACCUCUUACGUUAGCUAGCUAACUAAAUGUCUUAUUGCGAUGAACUGGGAAUUUAUUGAUCAUGGCUAACCUACGGAUUUUGUUAGCUACCCUGGUUGUUCAAGCAUUCCUGUACAAAAACUGUGAGGCUCUGUGGUGUAACUGCACCACUGCCCAGUGCGAGAAGACAGGCUACCAGUGUGAGACCGAUGGAGCCUGCAAGGCCUCCACUUCCUUAAUAAAUGGCCAUGAGCAGCACAUCCGUAUCUGCAUCACACGGGACAAUCUUGUGCCCCCCGGACAACCGUUCUACUGCCUCAGUGCAGAGGGCUUGCUCAACACCCACUGCUGCUACACAGACUACUGCAACAGCAUUGACCUCAAAGUACCCUCAGUCACAACUCAGUCAGGACUCGGGGGAGGCUACGGCCCUGGUGGGACAUGGGUGCUGGUGGAACUAGUCGCUGUGAUUGCAGGGCCACUGUUCCUGCUGUGUCUUCUGCUGCUGAUGUGUAUGUUCCUGUAUCAGUACCACCAGCGGGCCUACAGCCACAGGCAGCGAUUGGAGGUGGAGGACCCCUCCUGUGACAACCUCUACAUGGCCAAAGACAGGACCCUGCAUGAUCUUAUAUACGAUCUGUCCUCGUCUGGUUCAGGCUCCGGUUUGCCUCUGUUUGUCCAGCGAACCGUGGCGCGAACAAUUGUCCUCCAAGAGAUCAUUGGUAAAGGUCGUUUCGGGGAGGUGUGGCGAGGACGUUGGAGGGGGGGUGAUGUGGCGGUGAAGAUCUUCUCAUCCAGAGAGGAGCGCUCAUGGUUCCGUGAGGCUGAAAUCUAUCAGACCAUUAUGCUCCGCCAUGAAAACAUCCUGGGCUUUAUAGCUGCUGACAACAAAGACAAUGGCACGUGGACCCAGCUGUGGUUGGUGUCGGACUACCAUGAGCAUGGCUCGCUGUUUGACUACCUGAAUCGCUACUCUGUCACUACUGAAGGAAUGCUCAAACUGGCACUGUCAGCUGCCAGUGGCCUGGCACAUCUGCACAUGGAGAUUCUAGGAACUCAAGGAAAGCCAGGUAUCGCGCACAGAGACCUGAAGUCCAAGAACAUCCUCGUGAAGAAGAACUGCACCUGUGCCAUCGCUGACCUGGGCUUGGCUGUCCGUCAUGACUCUGGCACAGACACCAUCGACAUUGCGCCCAAUCAGAGGGUGGGCACCAAGAGGUAUAUGGCUCCAGAGGUUCUGGAUGAGACUAUCAACAUGAGACACUUUGACUCAUUCAAAUGUGCUGAUAUCUAUGCUUUGGGGCUGGUCUACUGGGAGAUUGCACGCCGCUGUAAUAGUGGAGGUAUCCAUGAAGAGUACCAGCUGCCCUACCAUGACCUGGUACCUUCUGACCCUUCCAUAGAGGAGAUGAGAAAGUUGGUGUGUGACCAAAAAAUACGACCCGACAUCCCCAAUUGGUGGCAAAGUUACGAGGCCUUGCGGGUUAUGGGCAAAAUCAUGAGGGAGUGUUGGUAUGCUAACGGAGCUGCCCGCUUGACGGCCCUGCGCAUCAAGAAGACCCUCUCCCAGCUCAGCAUUCAAGAGGACAUUAAAGUCUGAGCAGUCAGUCGGCAGAGCUCCGAGAAGGAGCCCUGAGCAGGUGCCAACUUCCAGACUGUAGGACACUGAGAGGAGGCGGCAGGGCCUUCUACAAAGAACGCACAAAGUAAGUGAAUAUGAUGGAGAUUCGCACUUUGUAAAAUAUGACUACAUAGACAUUCCUGCCAGUUUUGAAGCCACUUGAUUUUUUGACAAACCCUACCUCGCUUACCCAGCCAAACUACCAAGAACACCUUUCCUACCCUCAGCUACUGCUGCCCUUUUUGUUCCUUUCUACAUUCCGUACUAUUGAGGAUCCUUGGAUGUGUACUUGUAUGCAAUCGAUAACAGGAUAUGUAAUUAACCAUUCAACAUUUUGAAAAUCUGUUGCUGAUAUUUCCUCAAAGUCUCUUUGAUCACAGUCACUUAAUAGUUAACUAACAGCAUUUUUGCUCUUUUUUGUCUUCGAAAGGGUGCAAGCUGGGAGGGUUAGGCAUGUUUUUAACUUACUUCUUUCUGUUAUUUAAAUGACUAGAUCUUGUGUGGCUGUUGUGCAGGUUUCUCUGUCUCACCUACAGCUUACAGACACAUCACAAACUGCUUAGAAAUCCUUCAAAGACAAUAAUCCAUCUGGUUCUGCUACAACUGUGUUGUUUAGUUGUCUGCAGAUUACCAUGUAAGCAUGUACAAAGCAGUUGAGGAAGCUUGUGUAAAUGCAGCCCAUUUGCUUUCAACAAGGUGUUGUAAGACUUUGAAGUCACUGGAGCAUAAGUGCAACUUGCCGAACAUGAUUUGGCCUUUGGACCACUUGCCUGGAGCCCUUCCAUAAGCUGUUGUAAACCUCAGGUUUUCCUUAUGUUUUUGUAUGUUUAGAACCAUGUUAUUUAACAAUGUUUAAUACAUAUUUAGUAUUAUUAAGCAAAAAUGCAUUUCACUUGGACAGUUACAUGUAGAGCAACAGCUGCCAGGGACUUGAUACAGUAUUUUCUGUCCUUGACCUUUUAGCUGACAUACUUGCUGGCUUCAGAUUGGGACACUUCUUACAAAACACAUGUAUAAUAUUUGAAUGGUGGUAUUCCAAUCUGAUUGUCUCUCGAUCAAUCUAGACCAUAACCUGCCAUGAGAGGAAACGUGGCUCCAGCCCCUCAGAUAAGCUGGUACACGCAACAUUCUGAUACACCUUUUGCCAUUUGCAGCAGCCAAUACUAAUUACAAUGUACUUUAAAUACAGGGCAAAAACGUUUAAUUUUUAAUACACUAACUUCAGGAAUCUGAAUAAUAGUUUGUUUUUAUGUUGUUGUUUUUUUAUAUUGUCGAAGCAUGUCAAAUGUUCUUUUCCCCUCAGGGUGCAUUUUCCCUGGCCAAGUAUAACUACUGCACAUAAAAUAGCUUUUUAAGGUGAUACUUGUAUAAAUAAAUGGAUGUUGGUACUUAGUUUAAGAUGGUUAAAUCUUUUAUAUCAGCUUUUUGGUUGGUGGGAUGAUACUUACUUCUAUCUUGACUCUUGCUGUAAUUUUUGACCUCUGAAGUGACUUUACAGUAUGUGUCUGACACUGCUUAUGUUGACUUUCUCCUAUAGUCCUCUACUACUGCAGAGCAGUAUUUGAUUCUUAAUCAAUGUUUUCCCCUCACAACCCCUUUUUUUCACCAUACAAUACCUCCUUAAUGUACAAAUUGUAUGUGGAUUGUUUCAAUCAAGGAAACAUCGUCAGAAACCACAUUUAACUUGUUUCAGGAAAAAGCUGCACUUUUGUCUUUAGCUGUAUGCAAAUUCAAUAGGUACUGUCUGUAUGUAGUCUUUCCCAUGCUAUUUAUAUUUGUAUGCUGUGAGUCUAUAUAAAAGCCUGAAAGGCCACAUGUGCACUACUACUGACCUUGCAGCUUUUAAACCAAAUUGUUGAACAACAAUGAGAAUGUUUAUAUAAAUCAUGCCAACCAGUUGUAGUACAAUUUAACUGGAAACUGUAAAGAGUCUGACUUUUUCUUUGAGAUAAGAAAUAUUGAAACUAAAUACUACUAAAAUGUCUCAAUGCUGUCUCACAAAUGUGUUUGACCAAUACUUAAAAUCACUUGCUCACUGCACUGUAUUGUAUUAGUCUAACAGGAUGUAUGUAAGAACGACUAGACUGCACUUGAUGCUGUUGUUUUUGACCGUGGAGCUCUACUGUUUGAUAGGUGUAGUGUUGACUAUAUUUAUACACCCAAAGGGGAAUGCUUGUCAAAUUGGAUCGGUCUUACAACGUAUGCAAAUGCAUAGUGUAUUUCAGGUUUUAAUACCUUGCUCAAAGUAACCUCAUGGAUAAUUAGGAGGGUGUAAGUCAAAUAAAUGAGGUAUUAUUCUACAGUUUGCAAAUCCCAAGUCUAUGUCAGGUCAUGGCAAAGAAACAACUGCAUCUAUGUAAAAAAAAAAAAAACGUCAUGACUUCAAUUAUGUACCUUAUAAUAUGGAGUAAUAAAUGCAAUUGUUUUCC